UGCAGCGGCCGCCUGCUCUCGUCUGGAUUCCAGGCGAGGCGCAGCUCGAAGAACUAUUGAUGAGGGGAGGCUGCACACAGCUGUGAUUGAGACCGGACGUCUCUGCAGCCUUUCACCGUGACACACCGGGAGCGUGAACGAUACACGUCUUCGGUGACGUCACGUGUUUUAAAGCCAUACACACAGCGCACUGCCACGCUCGCGCCUCCCGACGUGAAGCUCCGACCGCGGCGUCAUUGUGUGUUGUGCCCCGGAGCCAUUCAAACGUUUCCCUCCGCCGAAACAUUUCACCGGACAGAUCCGCUACAGAUACCCGUCGGCGACAAACAUGGCCACCACCGAGGGAGGUCAACUUUGGGGGGGUCGCUUCCUGGGAGACACUGAUCCCAUGAUGGAGAAGUUCAACGCAUCCAUCGCGUAUGACCAGAGGAUGUGGAAUGCUGACAUCCGGGGGAGCAAGGCGUAUGUGAAGGCUCUGGAGAAGGCGAAGCUGGUCACCACGGAGGAGAUGAACCAGAUUGUUGGAUCAGAUUGCCACCUGACGCCUAAAAAAACCUAAAACCUACACCAACCGAAGGUUCUGGAUCACAAGCAAGUCACCAACAGUGGCGGAGGUUUUUCAGCAGUACCCUCGCUUUGUAGACAUGCCAUACUUGUUGGAUGCAGAGUUUGGGAAAAUGUUCCCGGGGAAGGAAGACCUCUUCCUUCGGAAAUGGGAAGGACAUAUUGUUAGGAAACUACUGAAAGUGGCUGCACUUGAAAAAUUACCCUGAU